AUGCUUUUUAUUUCUACAGUUGAUUCCGAUUCUGGAAUAGCGCCACAUCAGGAGGAGCCACUGAAGAGGCUGCUGAAACGAACAAUAAAUCACGUGAAAACAUUUUUAGGAGAAUUUGAAAGGAAGAUAAAGCGCAGUCGUCUUCUAGUCAAUGCGAUUCACAAUCAGUCUUUAAUAAAUAUUUCAACGACAAACAGAAAUGAUUUAAGAACAGUACCUGGAAAAUCAACUUCUUUUAUAAGAUAUCCAGAAAGUCCACUUCUUAAACGAGCUUCUGAAAUAAGACCGCAAAAUGUUACUGGAAUUAAAUCCAAUCCAUUGUCUAGCUCUCCAGACAUAUUUCAUGUGGAUAGUAUUGUUCGACGAGUAGACAAAUACCCAGAAGAUCUGCCACGAUUUAACACAAAAUCUGAAACGAACACAUUUUUUGGACAAAUAGAGAAGAAAAAACCACCCGAAGAAGGACUAAGCUCUAACCAAGGAUUGAUUCAUACCGACACUAAUAGAGGAAUUAAUACUAAUAUUCUGCUUGGAGCAGUUGCAACUAUUGCCACCACGAAACAUCCAAAACGUUUAAUGCGUCAAGGCACAGCAAGAUUUCAGCCUGAAGAAGAAGACAUUUGGCACAAACGCUACCUAGAAUUGUUGUCAGGACGUACAUCUAAUGAUAGUGUCAGAAUUUCAAAAUAUCCACAAAGUCGGAUACAACCAGGCCCAGCUAUAUUUCAACCUCAAAAGGAGUUAAGUUUUAAACCGAACAAGACUAAACCAGUUUUUAAUAAACGUAGUUUUGCUGUCACACAAUAUCCAGAGUUAAUGCGUCAAAGCAAAAUCGAUGUUAAUUCUCAAAUAACCAAAGGAUGGAAUGAACUAAUUAGACGCUUGGAAAUGUUUGAAAAUCCAACCAGUACUAAAAAAGUUAAACCCAUAGCCAGAAUUAACAAGCAGGAGAAUAAAAAAGAUGAACCAUCAACUGUCACUAUAAAACAGGCCAUUAGAAAUGAUUACCUUCCAACUGGUAAUGCACCACAGGAAAUUAAAAAAGAUACGUUUUCCAAUCGCAAUUUUAAAGAGGAAGAGUAUCUCCCGACUCUAUCUAAGUUCUAUUUUCAGCUAAAACAGGAUAUAAUUACUGCACCCAAUUUAGAAUAUCCUGAUAUUUUUGCAAGGAGUACAUCAAGUAGACCAGCUGUUACCCGACCUGCUAGCACUAAGAAACAGUUUAUACUUCUCACGACUAGAUCCCGGAGGGAAUUCACAUCUAGAAUCAUACCUGAGCUGGCUAAAGAUUACCAGAAUAUAAAUUUUCGAGCUUCAAAUUUAUAUAAACGUAUGUCUGCUUAA